AUGUUGUCAGGAACUGGAUGUGCGCAAUGUCGCUUACGCGAUCAGCACGACACUAAGUUGAGUAUGAACGAGCCGCGUUCGGUGAAUCGAGUGGUGGCGUCGCUGAUCAGAAGCAUUGAAGACAGUCGAUAUUCGGCUCCUGACAGGCCAGCACAUCUAUGCGUCGAAAAUGUAGGACAGGACGCUGCCACACAGACAUCGCCAUCCUCUAUCUCUCGUUCUUCGUCUUUUGAUUGGAUUAACGAGCCCUCCGAAGUUGGAUUACGUGAUCUGACGACGCCAAUCGGCACACCUCGGUAA